AUGUGGGAGCGAAUUGGAGAGAGGUGCCGGAUCGUGUCGAGAGUAGAAUUGGAUUUCAAAUACUUGUUUGUGUCGUUGAGUGAUGAUGUUGGUACUAGUAGGAGACGUCUUAGGUCUCAAUUUGUGGACUUUGGGAGUGAUAGUGAAGAAUCGCUUAAGUCGAGUUCUUCUAAGGAGUCGGAGGGAUCCGAGGGAUCCGAGAGUGAUGUAAAUCCGGAUGGAGAUGCGGGAGAUGGUGAUGAUAUUCCACGAGAAGAUGUCAUUAUAGAUAAAAAUAAAGGGAAGAAAAUAAAACCACUUAAUUUGAGUUUGGUGGAUUAUGAUACUUCGUUAACCGAAUCUCAAUUCGGUAUUCUCCGUCAGCUAGUUGGGGCUCCGAGGAAUAUUGAGAUGCUCUUACCUAAAAAAGAUGGGUGUAUUGAUUUUGCGGCUCUUCGGAAGAAAGCUACUGGAGGUGCGAAAAAGCAAGCGAAGAGGGAUCCUUUGAAGCAAGCGAAAUCAAGUAGUAGCAAAUCGCGCGAAGUGACCCGCGUGGAGGCUCCGCAUGCAAGCGGAGAUGAUCGUGAUCAUAAUGUUGAGGGGGAUGAGUUGGAUCGAUUGGUUAAUAAUGGGAAGGAUGAGAUGGUUGAGAUCGAGUAUGUGCCUGCACCGAAACGGCCUCGAGUGGAUCCUGAGGUUUCUCAUGUGCCUCCAGGGGUGCAGAAGACUGAGGGUUUCGUUGGGGAGUAUGACCGAAGUCGGAUGUCGGGUAAAGGUCGUGCUCAUAUGCUUUCGUUGGCUGGCGGAGACAUGUGUCGGCUUAUAGCUACGUGGAGGUAUCUAGUGGAGCAGGAGGAGCAAGUCGAAAAGACCCAUGAUGAGGAGCGUGCUGGUUGGGAGGCAAGGGAGAAAGAGCUAAAGGCUCAAUUGGAGGCUGCGGAAACCAAACUAGAGGUGGCCGAGACUCUGCUCAUUCAGAGGACCGAUGAAUUGGAGAUUAGUAGGAGCGAGACCGAGGCGAGUAAAAUUGAACUGAUGAAAUUAGAUCGGUGCUAUGACGAGCUGAAGGAGAAGUAUGAUGCCGAGAAGUUUACGGGGAAGAGGUUUUUGGCUUCUUCGGCUGGAGCAGCUUAUAAGGAAUCGGUUAUGUUAGAAGGGGAACGUCGCUUUCAGAAGAGUGAUAUCUGUCGAGCUAUGAUCGAAGAUCGAGCAAUAGCUGGGGUUUAUGCUCCUUUGGUUAGGACGUGUCGUCAGUACUUACGCAAGGUUGGAGGAAUUGACGAGAAGAUUAUUCGAGGUAUGGAGGAGGACAUUCCUGAUGAUGGGGAGGAUAUUGAUGUCGAGUGUACUGAAGUUGCCUCGGAUGCGGAAGCAGAUGAUCGAACUACCGAAGCUACUUCUGCUCGUAAAGUGUAG